CGCGGGGUAUUCGUCAUGUAGCGUCGCGUGUGGUAACGAUGACGCCAUCUCCAUCGUGACGUCAGUUCGCGCGACGCGGACGUCACGAGGCAAAAUGGUGGACCCCAUGGAGGACCAGAAGCUGCGGGAGAUGGAGGCGGAGAUGGCGCUCUUUGAACAGGAGGUGCUGGGCGGAACGCUGACCUCCCAAGCUCGCCCAGUCAUCUCCUCCAACACGUACCACCAGGUGCAACAGAGCUUGCUGCAAGCCCGAGCUGCAGCAGGGCCCAUUCCAAUGCCGCCUCUGCCACCGUUUGUGCCCCCCAUGAGGCCCCCACCAAGGCCUGCGUUUGUCCCCCAUGUCCUACUCAGGCCAGCCGCGACGGCACUGUCGCCACGGCCUCCGCUAUUGAGGCCUCCGCUGCGCCCGCCUCCGUUCAUGCCCAUGCCGCCCCGGCCACACGGCAUGAUGGGGCCGCCCCCACCCAUCGGCCCCAUGGGCUUACCUCCGGGCCCCCCAAUGGGAGGGAUGAUGUCCUCGGCUGUAGUGGAGGCACCUCCCAAACUCAACCCCUCCGUCAUCCAGGCGGGCCCCACCGUCUACCUCGCGGCACCUGUCAAGGCCACAGCGCCGGAGGAGGGCCACUCUCACAUGGCGCAGGAGAAGAAGGAGAGCGGUGUCGCCGCCACCAAGGUGGACGACUCCACCAUCAUCGGCCCCGUCAUGCCGCCCCCCGCACCCCACGAGCCACCCAUAGCGGAGACGCACCACCACCACCACCACCACCCCCCCACGGAGCGCGGGGGGGGCGGCGGUGGGGGCGGCGGUGGGGGCGGCGGUGGGGGCGGCGGUGGGGGCGGCGGCGGGGGCGGCGGCGGGGGCGGCGGCGGCAGAGCUGGGACGAGCGAACGAGGGGCGGGGAAGAACUCGGAGUCGUCUGAGGAGAAGCCGGCGAAGAAGAACCGUCCCGAGAAAGUGAAGAAAAUCCUGCGAUCCGCAGCCGGCAUCACCUGGGAGGAUGCCAGCCUCAUGGACUGGGACCCCAAUGAUUUCCGCAUCUUCUGCGGAGACCUGGGUAACGAGGUGAGCGACGACACACUGGCGCGCGCGUUUUCGCGCUACCCCACGUUCCUGCGUGCCAAGGUGGUGCGCGACAAGCGCUCGGGCAAGACCAAGGGCUACGGCUUCGUCAGCUUCAAGGACCCCAACGACUUCGUGCGCGCCAUGCGCGAGAUGAAUGGGAAGUACGUGGGCAGUCGGCCGAUCAAGCUGCGCAAGAGCACGUGGCGUGACCGCAACAUGGACAUCGUGCGCAAGAAGAACAAAGAGAAGAAGAAACUGGGCCUCAAGUGACCCCGCGCGACCUCCCUCGACCUCCCGUGUGACAUCCUGUGUGACCUCCACCAACCUGUGACACCGCCAAAACAAUAGCAGAUUCAACACUUUGAAGUUAUACAGCAUCUAAAUGUAAUUGCACCAAUCACAACUACUUGGCUCCAGGGGCAGCCAGGGCAGAUACAGCACCAGCGAGUCCCAGGGCAGCCCUGGGGAGUCGGUGCAAUAAAAGCCCCCCACAGCUGGGCCUGACCAAGCCUCAAGUAAAAUGAUGGUGCUGUGAUUGAGUACCCCUGUGAGAGAGUGGCGGUACGAAUGAGCGGCCCUGUGAGAGAGCAGCGCUGGGAGCAAGUUGUUAUGUGAGUGAGCGACAUGAUGGUUGCUGUCCGAUGAGACCAGGUGGAGGCUACUGCAUCUGGUGUGAUCGACCUCGCCCCCAUGAACUCUGAGCCCAAGCACCGGCUCCGAGGAGGAGGGGGACCUCCUUGCUGUCACCGUUUUGUUUUUGGCAAGGGAACCGGUUUCGAUGCUUGAAUGUUUUGGUCGUGAAAGAAGGUCGCCACCUCCCGACGUUUUACCACGUGGGGAUGUAUCCUGGGAAGUUCAUGAAAAAUCUCUCGCAGGACCAGCAGAGCAGAGCUACUUGUAAAUACUGUACGCCGUCUUGAGUAGCGUAGUAGUAUUAUUUUUUUCUAAUUCCGCAAUGACAAUUUCGCGACUUUUAAUAAACACGGUGUAUUACACGCGCAUGUUUCAUGAUUCGGACACAGUCCCAUCUAAACAAUUCUAUCGCUCAGCACUGGUGCCAAAUGUCAGCCGGGUCUAUUUUCUUACCUGGCAUUCCACAUCUCGUAUACCUCGAGUUUGGCUGUUCCUACUCAUCAAGUGUAACCGACUGUCUACCAGCGACCCGAAAAAUAUAUUUGGUGAGAAACGAAACUGUAGAAAGUGACUGAAAGACUGACACGGACUCCCUUCGACUCGCAUGGAGGUCCAUAGAUUUAGAGACCCAUAGGUGCAACAGAGAACUACUGUAUAGGCUUAUUCGGGGAUCAACUUCAGCUGGGGUCUCUUUGGGUCGGCGACCCGGAAUAUAUUAGUGCACCUGGUAUACCGCGUCCAGUGUAGCUGUCGUUAUGGGCCCUGGUUACAAGUCACGUGCUGCUGCUGCUCGCUGGCAGGGACCCAGACAAUAUCGGGUGAGAAAUUAAGCCCCGAGUCACAUGUCGGGUGUCGCGGUUCAACCUGAGUUUGUGUUUACGUCGUGGUGCAGGUAUCGCCUCUAGUGGCUGCACGGGUCGCAUGAACCAAUGUCGCGCAACACGAAUGUGAAACAAUCGAUGGUCGUGGCGCGGUUUAACGCACGUCCGAGAAUCGACGUGACGUGGCGCGAUGACCCCUCCCCGCCCGUUGUAUCUUGAAUCGUGAAUUCUCGACAGCUCUUACCCCAAUCGCACUGUUGGCGUCGUUACGGCGCGACAAACCCCGUUGGGAAAUCUCGAGAGAGCAGCGCGAGCCGCCUCCGUGUUGGAAAACGGCCCAAGGAAGCAGAUAUCAGCUGCCCGUUCAGAUCGUCCAUUCUUCAACUGCGCCACGGUGGCGAUAUGCUGACUCCCACGCCUGGUAUGCAGGAGGUUGUGGGUUUGAUCCCAACCCUGUCGCCUAUACAUUUGGAAUUUGUUCUCCCCUUGAUCGCGGGGAUUUUCCCUCCACAUUCUUCGAGCAGUGGUUCUUGACCUGGGGUGCACGCACCCCCUGGGGAUGCGAGAUGCCCUUUCUGGGGGUGCGAGACCUGGCCAGAUUUUUCUUUAGAAGGUAAAUCGAAAACGAAUUAAGCAAGGGCACGUAAGUACAACUACUUGUUUAAUCAAAGCUAUAUGUGUAUUCACAGUUUACUUUUUUAACGAAUGAGAACAAAAGGGGUGCAUGCUGAAGUACAGGUUAAGAACUGCAUUAUUUUAUUUUGCUGCUAUAAAUGUCCACACGAUAAGCCACUUCGUUGAGCUCUCAUUUGUGGCCAUAUCGCUUCUGAAAAAGCUAUGUAGCUCAGUGGGCCUUACCUGAUAAAAUACAAAGUUUAAAAAUAGUUUUGAGUUUUAACUGAUUUCUGGUCCACACGGUAGAUUUCAGCACUUCCCACCCACUUGGGAGAGUAAUAACCGCCGCGUGACGGUCACUCCGAUAAAUUAAUUCUCAGGGUUGGACAACAUCGAAAACAAGUGCAGAACAAGCUGUAAUGGGGGGGGGGGGGGUUCGUGUCGAGUCGUUCGUGAGCGGGCUAAAGGCUUCGCCGAGUCUGAUCGCCUACCAGGGGGACCUCGGCGGCGCCGGCUCGGCGCCCUCACCCCUUAAGACACCCGGCGGCGCGCGUCGCCUCUGCUGAUUUUGUUGUUGCGACGACGGUGGCGGGAGCGUCAUGCCGGGUGGUCGUAGUCGAGAUUCUCCUCCCACAGCCGCCGCUCUUCGGGUUUUAUUGUUUUUCUGAAGCGCGACUUUCGCGGAUUUUCCGUGACGUCGGGCGGUGGGGAAAACCCGGCACGCCAGCCUCGUUGCGCCACGGAAGCCGUUUCCGCUGAAUGUUAAUUAACCGAUGCCACAUUGCGGCAACAGCAGCAGCUGCCCCCUCUCCUCAGGCUACUCCCAUGGAUGGAGGGGCGAGUAACUGGGACGCGGAGUCGCUGGUUAGCAGGGGCAGUUCUCCCCCGAGUCUAACCCACUGGACAAGGCUACCUCCCUCGCCCCCCCACGGCUGCCCGUGUUCAGAUCUCCUCGGCCUUCCCCUCUAUAGUGCUCAGAGCUGUCACUGUUGAGAACAGUAAGCCUGGCCCUCAUCAAACACAUACAGACAAAUAUCCCCCGUAUAGCCUUUAACAGACUUGGGACAAGUGGUAUUUGCAAGCACCAACGAUGGAGUGAGUUUGGAACCAUUGGGCCAACGUUCCAUGUUCCCCGAAAGCGGGGAAACCCUUCCGAACAUCCACUUGUCCAGGGACUAAAUAAACAAAGCAGCAGCAGCACGGCGACUGCCCGGUGAUUGAUAUAUGACAGCCUCGAUAUCGUUGCGCGAAAUGUCGGACAACUUGCCGAACAACAACACUGCCGUCGCGGUGCAAGCACAUCGGAGAGGUUGAGUCAGCUGAGAACAUGCAGCAGCUGCUCAUGCAGCAGCUUAUCCUGCAGCUCGCUAUUUACAGAGCACGUGGGCCGUGCCUCGAAACUGGAGGUGGUGGCGAUGCGUUGAGCGAAUUCUGUACAUAAUUACUGAACUGUAUUUUUGUUGACGGAAUAAAGGCGAGAGUCUUGCACUUUCGGGGUUAACGCGA